AUGUUCGGAACACAAUUAAGAAACAUAAUUCUAGUUUGCUUGAUCUCGACUAUUUCAAUCGUACCCACGAUGUGUAAAAUCGCAGAGGAUGGAGAAGAACUCAUGGGAUUUUCAAGGAUCAGACCAUCAACCAGCGAACUUGGUGCUGAUGAUGGAUGGCGAAAUUCUGAGUCAGGAUGUGCCGCAAUAGCUUGCAGUGGGAUCACGGGGACAGCCAAAUGCUAUGCUCAUGGUUGCUUCCUUGGUUGUGGGUCUGGCGUAUGUAUGUAG